GAGGUGCAGAAGAAAUGCAAAAAGGGGAGAAAAGGUAUAAAUGCCUGGAGUGUGGGAAAAGCUUCAGUCACAAUACAAGCCUUGCUUUCCACCAAAGAAUACACACAAGGGAGAAAUCAUCUCAAUGCCUGGAGUGUGGGAAAAACUUUAAAAAUCAUACACAUCUUAUUUUUCAUCAAAGAAUUCACAGUGGGGAGAAGCCAUAUAAAUGCCUGGAGUGUGGGAAAAGGUUUAAAAGUAGUCCAAAUCUUACUACCCAUACAAAAACUCACACAGGAGAAAAACCUUAUAAAUGUCUGGAAUGUGGGAAAAACUUCAGUCAGAGUCACCACCUGAUUUCCCAUCAAGGAAUUCACACAGGUGAGAAACCAUAUAAAUGCUUGGAGUGUGGGAAAAGCUUCAAGAGUAGUUCAAUUCUUACCACCCAUCAAAGAGUUCACACAGGCGAGAGACCAUAUACGUGUCUAGACUGUGGGAAAAGCUUCAGUCAGAGUAACAGACUUACUUCCCAUCAAAGAAUUCACACAGGUGAAAAACCAUAUAAAUGCCUGGAGUGUGGGAAAAACUUCAGUCGGACUGAUCACCUUACUUCCCAUCAAAGAAUUCACAGAAGUGAGAAACCAUAUAAAUGCCUGGAGUGCAGGAAAAGCUUCAAUAGUGUUCCAACUCUUGCUCUCCAUCAAAGAAUACACACAGGGGAGAAACCAUAUAAAUGCCUGGAGUGUGGGAAAAACUUCAGCCGGAGGGACAGACUUAAUUCACAUCAAAUAACUCACACAUGGAAGAAACCAUAUAAAUCCCUGAAGUGUGGGAAAAACUGUUACAAUUUAACCCUUGCUCUCCAUCAGAGUGUUCAUAGAGGGGAGAAAUCAUAUAAAUGCAUGGAGUGUGGGAAAAGCUUCCAUCGGAGUGACCACCUUACUUCCCAUCAAAGAAUUCAUACAGGGGAGAAACCAUACAAAUGCUUGCAGUGUGGGAAAAGGUUCACUGACAGUUCCAAUCUUACUUCCCAUCACAGAAUUCAUACAGGGGAGAAACCAUAUAAAUGCCUGGAGUGUGGAAAAAGCUUCCCUCGGAGAGACAGCCUUAUUUCCCAUCAAAGAAUUCAUACAGGGGAGAAACCAUACAAAUGCUUGGGGUGUGGGAAAAGUUUCACUGACAUUUCCAAUCUUACUUCUCAUCAAAGAAUCCACACAGGGGAGAAACCGUAUAAAUGCCUGGAGUGUGGGAAGAGAUUUCGUCAGAAUACACACCUUACAUCCCAUCAAAAACUUCAUACAGGAGAGAAACCGUAGAAAUGCAUGGAAUGUGGUAAAAGCUUCUGUCAGAGUACAGACCUUUAUAUCCCAUCAAAACUUUGUACAAGAGAAAAAUUAUGGAAAGUGCGAAAGAUUAUCUUUCAUGAAAUAUUCCACAAGAGAAUAAUAAAUGAAUGCCCGGAGUGUGGAAGGAA